AUGACAUAUACCAAAAAUGAAGCAACUGAUAAAUUAUUAUAUUCCUAUAUAGGGAUUAGAUUAUUAUCAUAUUCAUUUUUUUUUAUAUUAAAUUCAUACCAAACAAUUAUAGAAGGAAAAUCACUAGUUGGACAAAAAGCUAAUAAAAAAACCACCAGAUUUUAUAUUUUCUUAUCAAUGGCUUCUUUCUGUGGAGUCAGAAUUGUAUCCACAGCAUUAUUUUAUAGAGAACCUGAAGAAUGGGAAGUUGGAUCUUGGGCAUUUUUCUUCUUUUCAAUAGGUACAUCAAUAGUUUUCCUAACUUGGGUAUAUAUUUUACAUUUUUGGCUAUUGAUUAUGUAUUCAUUCUUUGUUUCUGAAGAUGUUAGAUUAAAUAGAAUUAAACCAAUAAAAUGGGCAACUAAUAUAUUGGUUAUUGCAAUUGUAGUUUAUCAAACUGUUAUUUGUAUAACUAGUAUGUUAAUGGAUAUUAAAUUUGGUCAAGCAGUUGGAUUUUUAAUUUUAUUAGCAAUUUAUUGUGCAAUGGUAAUUGGAUUUGGUAUGGCUUUAUUGAGAAGUUUACAAAAUCAUAAAAAAAAUACACCAUUUCAACAUUUUCAAGAUAUGAUUUUUAAAACUAAAGUUUUGAUAACAACUGUAUCUUUGGUAUUUAUUUGUACAGUUAUUGAAGAGGGUAUAUAUCAAUUUGCAUUUGAAGAAUUUUCAACUUCAACAAGUGUUCAAAGUAAUUUCAUUACUUAUUUAAUUGAUACAACUCAAAUGAUUGUUGUUAUGUACAUUUUAGCAAAUGGAAAAUUUUCAAAUUAUAUAUUAUUCAGGAAAGUUAAAACAACUUCAUUUAAUUCAAAUGAAAAAUCUAGUUUAGAUUCACAAGGUUCUAAAAUAAAUACUAAAAAAUCAUAUCCUUCAAAUUAUGAUCAUAGUGGUAAAUCGAAUGAAUUAUCAAUUGAUUUAGAUAUUACAUACUCAAAAAAUUCAAUUGAAAGUAAUAGUAUACCAAAUUCAAAUAUAACAAUUGAUAACACUGGUAUUGAAUUAGAAUCUCAAAUAAUAAUUAAUAAUAUUAAUAAUGAUAAUAAUGAGAUUAAUCAAAAUAAUGUAUAA